UGUUGCUUACUGUAAAGUACAUCCCCAAAGAGCUAUGUCGGUGAGGUUAUAUCUGCGUGGCAGCCUCUACCGUGUCUCACUUUCUUCCUGUCCCUGUCCCACAAGGCUGGGUAAAUGAACGAUGUGGGCAUAUGGAAGUCCCAUUUAGAUGACAGGCUGAACGAUUCAAGAUUAUCAUAGAUUGAAAAUCGAAAUAGGACACAAUGAAACAUAACCUGCACGACUGCACUUUGCUCUAUUGGAGUUAACAGUGAAAGUGUUUCACUAGAACGAAAAAAAUGUUGCUAAGAACAAACUUGACACAAAUUUUGAGUUACAGUUAUGCUGAAAGUAGCUGUUUCUAAAAAGUGCAAAUGGGUUUUCACUGCUAUUCCGUUUGUGAGCGCUGGUCUGUUUGUGUUUCGGCUCUUAUUUACCUCAGUUUCCUUGGUCUGGUGUGGACAUUGGCACUUCCCCUGCGUCCACUUAAUCCCAUCCAUGGCUUCUCUGAGGAUAACCACAUUACAGAAACACUGUUAGGUCGACCUCCAGACCAUCUAGAGGGAGUAAGAAUAGAGAGAGAUGGUGACAUAAAUAAGAAUUUUAGGAAAGAGAUUUUUAUCGGAGAGGGAGAAUUUGAAAGAAGAAAAGAAGAAGAUCCAAAAGAAUUGCUUGAAGAUAUAUUUGCCAGAGCGGACACCAACAAUGACAGUUUUCUUGUCCAUUCGGAACUGUCUCACUGGAUUGAAGCCAAAAUUCACCAGCACAUAAAUCAAGCUCAUGCAGAAAAUUACAUCCUGUUUGCAAGUGUGGAUGUGAACCCACGAAAUGGAUUGGUUUCCUGGGAAGAAUACCACCAAUUUUUUUUGAAGCAGAGGGGAUACAGUAAAAUAUAUGCAGAGAACCAUGACAAACACCACUCAGGUUUAGAUAGGAAAACCAAGGAGGCAAUUAUGAGAGACAAAGCUGCUUGGUCUGAAGCAUCAAGAAUGAAUCCUGAGCAGUUAACAGUUGAUGAGUUUCUUUCUUUCCGUCAUCCUGAAUCUAGUCAUGCCACUAUUUUAACUUUAGUUGAAGAGCUGUUUGAUAAGUUUGAUCAAAAUGGAGAUCAAAUCCUAACAGAGGAUGAAUUUUCUCACCUGCAAAUGGAGGGAGAUGGUGACAAAAGUGGUGAGACCAUCAAUCAGGGAGAAGAAGACCGCCGCGCUGAGUUUAGGGCAGAAAUUGAUAAAAAUAAGGAUGGGAAGGCUGAUCGGCGCGAACUUUUGAUGUACAUUGACCCUAUUAACCCUCGUCAUGCCAGAGAAGAAGCAGAAACCCUGAUUGCUCUUGCAGAUGUGAACCAUGAUGGUGCUCUUUCAUUGGUUGAAAUUCUAAACAAGAUGGAUUUGUUUCUAGGUAGUAAAAUGGUAGACACUGCAAAAAGCUUUCAUGAUGAAUUUUAGUUGAAAGCUUGGUGAUUGUAUUCUGGAUCUCAUAAAGGAUUAUUCCCUCCCAUGACCUUAAAGGUAUGUAUUCAGUACCACUCUGCAAGUUAUAGUAAUUUUGGUAUAAUUUUUUACUGAUGAAUAAAAUGCAAUGCUGUGCUGCACAAUCUGUUGGAAAGAUGUGACUGUUUAAAGAAAAAAACAUGAUGUAGUCUUAAUAUUAUUAUUAUUAUGCCUGUUUCUAGUCUCAUUACAUAAUUUUAAGUUAAUAUUGGUAAUACAUGUACUUACAUAACUUUAAUUGACUCAAUACAAUGUUUGAAGAAGGGUCCUGUGAUUCUUGUUUCUCAGCGAAACAAUUUAGUGUGAAUGGUACAUUUUUGCAAGUAUGAACUAGUGAGUUCAUGGGAGGCCCAUUGGUGAUGGGUUUUAAGUUAUAAUGAAACCUGUAUUAGAAUAAGCUCAACAUUAAGUCAAAUUUGGAAAGAAAAUUACAAAUUAAAAAUACAAAUUCGCUUAAUCCACUUCUUCUGGACGGACA